GGAGAGCCUCUGAUCCAUGAUUUACUCCGGCCUUGGUUUUUAGCGUCUCCCGUACUACAAUUAUACCCGAAUGAAAAUCGAGAGUUUUUAAAAAAACAAAACACCGCAGCUGUUAUUUUUAUAACUACCAGAGUGAGAAGACGGCCAACAGAUGGAUUCCGCCCCGCCAAACAAUCCAGAAUUCGUCGUUCAAACAUGUACAGGAGGGUUCGGACGGCCUUUGUCGAUGUUUCGAAGUAGAAAGAGCUUUUUUCCCCCUCUUCUCCGGUAGUCAAGUUCAAUAGCAUUCACGAGUUCUUCACAACUUUACACACUAGAAUGCCCUUACAUCAACCUUGCCUUGUCAUCAUUCCUCCUCUUCGUUAACAAGUGGUCGGAAUGAUAACACUCGUCUAAUCAUAAACAGUCCUGGGUUGUAGGUAAAUUUUCCCCGGAUUUUCGCGUAGGUCGCUUUUUUUCGCCCAGUUGAAACAUUGGGCAAUAACCUACCUUCAUUAUUAUUCCUGGCACGUCUCCCGACAACAUCUUCUCCCUGCAUCAUGUAUACUGCUGGAGCUGCUGGACGAGUUGUUUGAACUUCGUUUCUUGGCACCAUGACAUUUCAGAUUUUCAGUGUUAAAAAACAACAAAAACAAAACAGUAAUGAACCAGUUUCCCGCCGAGUGAACGAAUUUUACCGUCUACCGUUUGAAUGGUGUUUGUGGGUGACUUCAUGGUCAAGGUAAAGUCAUCCAGCUGGACCACGUGCGUUUUAUUUCAAACCGAACGUCCAGAUAAGACACAAAAAAAGGCGAGUCAAGAGUCAAUUGAGUUCGUUCACCCACCCACCUGUUAUGACGCAGCUUUGGAGAGUUGCCGGACUAAUUCCCGCCGCCAGCUAUACAGAAAUUGUCUCUGUGCAUAUUGCAUUUGGUAGACAAAAUCGAGCUGCAUCGUAGGACCACCGACCAGUCUCUUCUGCCUCGCCCGUCGUCUAGGGAGUACAAGUGAGCAAAGCUAUCUAAAAAUGAUUGCCUUCGGGAUUUUGUUAGGUUUUUGCGCCUUGUCUCAAUCGUUGCCGAUUGGUAAUCCUACCGAUUCGGUCUUGAUCGACUACAAAGCGGAUUCGCACUCCCGGUUUGAAGAGGGCACACCAGGAAAGAGUGUCAAAGGUUCAUACAGCUGGAUCAAUGAAGACAAAGUCUAUCAAGUAGAUUACACAGCCGAUGAAAAAGGGUAUCGACCACGUCUAACUGUCAAAUCCGUUUCCGAAGCUGAACAGAAGCCGAUCGCUCAGCAAGAAAGCGUUCAGGUCUCCGAAAAUAAAGAGGAGAAGCCGGUGAAAGAAUCCAUCGCGGAUGCGAUUAUCUACGAAAUUCCAAGUCUCAUUCAACAUGAUAUCUUUCAAGUCCCCGCAUUGCCAAACGAAGAGAAGAAGAAGGUGACACCGGAGAAAGAAGUCGGCACGGAUGCCAUUGUCCUUGAAAUUCCAGUUCUUGACGUCGCUCAACAGGAUAGCGUUCAAGUUCCCGCGCUUCUAAAUGCACCAAUGACCGAGGCCGGCGAUGCAUUCAUCUUCGAAAUUCCUCUCUUUGAUGUCGCUCAACAGCAGGAUGGUUUUCAGAAUCCUACUUUGGAAAACGAAGAGAAGGUGACACCGGGGAUAGAGGGCGGCUUUGAUGCGAUUAUCCUCGACAUUCCCGACUUUGAUGAACCCACUCCGCUGGUACAAAAAGGAAGCCAAGCUUCACUUACGUCGCAAGAUGACAAGAUCGUUGCCGAACAAAUUGUUGCUCCUCCAUCGAAGCCCGUCACCCUUCAAGCCGAUUCGCAAAGCGAUUCAAACAAAAUUGCGGAUAAGGUGGCCGUAAAGAUUCCAGAUGCUUCCGUCCAAGAACAAGAUGUCGUUCAAAUUGUACCGCCAAAGGUAACCGAGGAAGUGAAACCAGACCAAUUUGUUGUUGUGGUUGCUCCAGCCCAAUCUGGUCUGGCGGGACAACAAUUCAACAGCCAAAUCCAAUUAUUUUCACAAGGUGAACCGAGCGAGGCGGAACAAGAGAAAGUUGGUGAUGAUGAAGGUGUUGUUAUUCUUCAACUCCCAUCUAAUUCUGAUGUCGACGGACAAGAGGAAGGCUACAGUCAAGAUGAUACAACCAAUCCAGAGAUCGACACUUCAGACCUUUACAAUAUUGCUCCAUUGUUUAACUUUCAGCCUCAAGGCCCAACCGACGAUGAAAUUUACACUGACGAUGCUAUAAUUAUCGAUGCUGCGGGUGAUCCAUUUGCUUCCGACGGUGCCCAAGCCGAUGAAGACCAAGAUUGGGGCCAGGCUGAAAGCCAAGAUCAAGCUUCAGAGUACCUCAACGCAAUGCUCCAGGAAUACCUGAACCAGUUCUACAGCAAUCCCAAGCAAAAAGUUGACAGCAAGGAAAAUCAUCGAUCGAAAUUCGAAGACGAUCUUAUUAAAUCCUACAAUGACUAUAAACAAGAGAAAAUCUCAAGAAAAGAGGAUGACUUUUCAGCUACAUCCGACUACCAAAGAAUGCUGGAGGCCUUAUCAUCUGGCGAGCAGCAAGUCGUCUCUUACGACGACUACCAAAAUUUCCUUCGUCAUUUUCAAAUUGAAGAAGAGGAUCGACCGCGAUCGAAAGUCAGCGAUGUCAUCACCCAAGACCAGGGAGAAUCCAACGAGGAAUUGGAAGGAGCAUUUCGCGUCCUAAUGGAUUUACCUGAAAAUGAUGGCGAGCAGCUCAUCGCUCACAAGAAAGAGAACUCGAAAUUCGAAUCGGGAGAUCAGUUGUAUGCCAUAGACGAAACAUUCCUGCGAGAAUUGUAUUACCAACUGUGGCUCGACGCUCAGCAGCAACCCGCCCAGCCGGAACCGAUGUACUACGCUAUUUAUCCAGAAUCAGCGUAUUACUACCGUUAAUCUUGGUUCGGGAUACAUAAGUUCAAACUUUGGGUGGGGAAUAACGUGAUUUAUUUUCAAUUCGGUGAUGUCCUUUUUUGCUUUUAAUUUAUGUUAUAAAUUUUGUUGUGGACUAAAUCUCAAAAGUAUGUAAGCUCAAUGCUCGCCUGGAAGAGCAAUGACCAUACAACUGGUUCUCCAAUACAAAACAGUUAUAAAAACUUGA